AUGACUGGUAGAUUACGCGCUGUAUUCAUCAGGACUGAUGAAGGAAUUCUUAUCAGAGUCGAACCUCAAACUCAAAUACCAAAAACACUAGGAAGCUUUUGUAAUAUGAUGGCGGAGUUGCUGCAAAAGUUCAGUAUCAAGUCAAAGAAUGGUCAAGGAAAGCUUUUAAGGUUAAUUGAAAACCCUGUGACUAAUCACUUUCCUGUCAACUCUCAUAAAAUAGGUCUUUCUCUCAGUUCACCUAAGGCAGAUCAUUUAAGGGACUAUGCUAGUGCCGUUAACUGUGAUGAAAACCUUGUAUUUGUGGUUGGUGCAAUGGCUCAUGGAAAAAUUGAUGUUGACUACAUUGAUAAUCUUAUAUCAGUUUCAGCUUAUUCGUUGAGUGCUGGGACUUGUCUUAGGCAGAUCUGCAUUGCGUUAGAGAGAAAUUGA